AGAUACCUACUCGUCAUGCCGUACCACCAGGGAGGCAUCUGAGUGACCCCAAACGUAAUCUGCAACAUGACAACGACCCCAAACAUGCAGCGAAAGUCAUUAAGGACUAUCUUCAGCGUAAAGAAGAACAAGGACUCCUGGAACUGAGGAGCCCUGAUCUCAACACCAUCCAGCCUGUCUGUGAAUACAUGAAGCGAUAGAAGCAACUGAGGCUGCCUAAAUCCACAGGAGGACUGUGGGGAGUUGAUGCUGUUUUGAAGACACUGGGGACUCUGGCUGCUGCUGGGAGUCAAACGUCAAUGGAAAAACAAACUGGAUGGCCUAUGCCGAUCUGGACCUGGGAACUCGAUCUGACUCAUACUCCCUCAACAGCUGCCCUGUGACGGCAACUGUGUCGUCUUUACGGGUGCCUCAGAACUGUUUCUCAAAGCUUCCUCUUCUGGCGUACGAUCCAGACGGAGAUGAUGUGCGAUGCAGCUUCACUACAGACGCCGCAGUUCCCUCAAACUUUGCUCUGGAUAAGACCACGUGCACUCUCACAAGUACAGGCCAAGUUGGCAUUGGUGUCCACGUGUUUGAGAUGAUGCUGGGGGACUACCCCACCACAAACAUCACUUUGACCUAUGCAGAUGGAUCGUCUGUAUAUCGGGAGGCUUCCAACAUGAACUCACCACCUCUCUGCAAAGUAAUGCUGCAGUUCUCAGUGGAGAUCCUUCCUCCCAUACCAAACUGCGAAGCUGGUCAAACGCUGCCCAUAUUCUUCUCUACGACUCCUUCUCAUGGUGAUGUUCUUUAUGCCACUGUGGGUCAGAAAUUUCAGCUUCAUGCCCAAGCGCAGGCUCUCCUGGCUAGCAUCUUUGACUUCCAGGUCAGCGGCCCCCAGAACAUGACCAAAGCGUCCAAAGAUAAUAACAAUGGAAUAGCUGAAGUCACUGUGAGCUGGACACCAAAACAAAGUGACCUGUACAGAUUUGUCCCAGUCUGCUUCACUGCAGAGACAAAUGAAAGUCAAUCGGAAAUGAGGUGUGUUGCUGUCAUGGUGACCCAAGCGUCUAUCACUCAAGGAAAGGCCACUGUUGAAUGCUCACCCAACAAGAUGACGGUGGCCCUCGAGAAAGCUUCCAUGCCUGGCAUCGACGAGAACUAUCUCAGGCUGAGAGACCGGUCGUGCUCUCUCACUUUCAACAGCACUCACAUCUUGGGCAGCAUGUCAUUCAGCACGUGUGGUACAAAAAUUGAGGAUGCAGGCGACUUUAUCGUUUUCAAGAACGAGAUCGUCUCCUACGUGCUGCCCAACGAGCUAAUAAUCCGAAGGGAGACAGUUAAGAUCGGUUUCUCUUGCCAGUUUCCCAAAACCAUACACAUCUCGAGUUACUACAAUCUCCACAACUCUGACUACAUUUUCACUGAGUCCAGCUUCAGCAGCUUUGGCUAUACUUUUGAGAUCUUCCACGAUAGCAACUUUACAAGUACAGUGGAGGCUAACGCCUAUCCAGUGAAUGUCCAGCUGUUAGACAAAAUUUAUAUGGGCAUUCAAGCUCAAACGGAAAUACCAAAUGUGCAGUUGUUUGUCGAAUCUUGCAAAGCCACUCCUGAUGACAACCCUGAAAACCCCACCUACUAUGACCUCAUCAGAAACGGCUGUAUAAUGGAUGAGACCUUUAAAGUCCACACAUCUGAUCAAAUUUCAUUCAACUUUGAGGUUCAAGUCUUCAAAUUUACUGGAAACUAUGACCAGGUGUAUUUUAACUGCUUCGUCAUCCUGUGCGAGCCUGGAAAUCCCUUUUCCAGAUGUUCCCAAGGUUGUCUGAGAAAUCCAUCCCGCAGGCGCAGGCGAGGGCUGAGCAGGGAGACAGUUGGCCACUAUAUUACCCAGGGUCCAUUGCGGUUGGUCAGACAGGCUGUUCCCAUUUUGGAUGAUAAAAAUGUUGGGAUGAAUAAGACUGACACGCCCAUCUCAGUGAGUCCUUCACCGGUUUCUGCAGACAGACACCCGUUUCUCCAAACAGACACCAAAUCGAGUGAAGGAGGUUGGGUAAUCAAGGAGAUCCUCAAUGCCAACAUCAGCACCGUGGUCUUUGCCAGUGCCUUCUUAGUUACACUGGUGUUAUUGGCUGGGGUCGUUUUUUACUUCACCAGUAAGAGAAGAGGAGAAGAUCGCAGGCCUCUGAUAGUGUCAGGCUGGGAGAACUAGACCCAAUAAAUCUUAGAUUCACACAGCAUGUUCUUUGUUUUACUUUGUUAAAGGAUAUCACGCAUAAAUUGUACAUACUUUUUACAUGCUGUAAUCAUUCCUCCUAUUGAUACUGGCCGUUUAACAUGCUUUCAAUAGUCUGAACAAGUAAAAUCAAGUGGAUUUCUUCCAAACUAAACCUUGAAUUAUCAGUUUGUGUCCUGACAAACUGAUAAUUCCUUGCUGAGACGUAGGACAGCAACAAAAAGAGGACACUAUAAAGACAGCUUCCUGAUCUGUCUAACUCAGACUAGUUAAGCCUCAUAUCAGCUUUAGAUAAACUUCAGAAAGUAUUGUUGCACAGAUUGAGGAUUUUGUCCCCCAUCACUUAAAUGGGAAGGGGCAUUAAAACGGAGGAAUGAUUACAGCAAGCAAGACCUGAUGAAGGAGAUAACAUUUACUUUGCUAAAUAAUUAUUAAAUUAAAUAAAUUAACAUUCUAAUUAUUAGUGGAUGGGUUGCGGGUGGGUUGAAAAAUGAAUUUGCAUUUACUCAUGGGCUUAUUUUCCUCGGUAUUAUAUUAUACUAGGUCGUCAAACUGUAUCUCAGAGGCAGCGUUAGGUCCCGGUCUGGCCGUGUUCACCACGUUAACUGAGCGUUUUUUGUGUUUUACAAUUUCAGCUCGUUUUAGUCAUCAGAAAGUGUGUGUAAUCAUGCGGUGGAUGAAUAAAAUUUAAACAAUUUUCAAAAUGCAUCUGAUGUAUCAUGCAAAUAUGCGAUAUAAAAUUGUUCAAAUGAAAAUUCACAACAAAUGUAUUGCAACAGUAGGAUAUUGAAAAGAUACUAUUUAAUAGACGAUUCACAAUGAAUGCAUUGUUGCAGUACAUGUAUUGUGAAUUUGUUUCUAUCAAACAGGGCAUUACUUGAAAGUCUCCAAAUUCUGCUGAACACACAGUCUAAGAGGAUCUGACGGAGGCUACUCUCUCAAUUUCUUUCACCCAUUUUCUUUAUAAUUUUUAUGAUAAUAAACAACUCCUAUUUUGUGUGUAAUCAUUUCCCGUGUUUUUUUUUGACAAAACGUGGGUUGGAGCUGCUGUCAGGUCGAGCAGUGUGUGACCCCCUGUCACCAACGACCAUCGAAAGUUGUGUAGUCUGUACAAGCUACAACAAGUUUGCGUCGUCCAUCUGCCGAUGUGGUUGAACUUCUGAGAGUUUGUUGAAGUGAUGAGCUCUUGCCCUCGUGAAAACACAGACACAGGGAGGACAGAAGCAGCGCCUGCAAACACAAAAACAUGGCGGCAUAGUUUUUCUGUUUGAUUGGCUCAAGUGCUGUGGGGAAAAACGCUUAUAGGGAAAAGCUCGAUUUUAAUGAAUUGAAACUAAAUUUUGGCAAAUUCUGCGAUAUUCCAUGUUUUACAAUUAAUUCCAAUUUUGCUAUCAAAUUCCGUUGCAGAAUGGGUCCUUACUAAUAGCAGUUAUGGAGUAUGAAUUUGACAGCUGUGGAGUUGUCUCAAUUCUUAUACAUUGAUUAUACUUUUAAAUAACCACAACUCAGAGUCAUGUGGGGCUUGGGGCGAUUCAUCAACAUAGUAUAAUCGAUUAAUUGAAAGUACGUCGACUCGUGUUACGUGCGUCGAAGCAUCGCUGCAUCGCUGCAUGCGGUGUUAGCAGGGAUUCCCCCAGACGAGCUUCAGAUACAACACAGCAACACACCUUUCACAGCACACCUUCGACCGUCUAAAGUUUAGGAGUAUUUUAGCCAGGCACUCAAUAAUGUGCCGACAAGGCGAAGUGAAGCAUCCCGGUGCACUUUGUCUGGACUGCAGCACCGUAAAUCGUGUUUACUUCCUGUCUCCACUCAAGCACGGCACAUUAUCAGCACGAGGACACGUAUACGGUUAAAAUUUAUUUCUUCCUUGCCUUCACGUUUAAUAUAAUUUCUGCCCUGCUGCUGUAAUGGUAAUGUAAUGUUACACCGUGUGUCAAAGUAACAUUAAAGAUGAUCUGUGACUGUC